CUUCUGCACAGCGACUCAUUCAUCAGCUUUCUCACAUCCAGAAGCUUGGGACAAUGGCACCCUCGCGAGCAGAUCGCCUGGCGCAGCUGCGCGCUCUUCGAAAGGCUGGCAGGACCGCGUUUGACGACUACGAAGUGGAGGAAGCCGAGUCCAUAUACGAGACCGUCGACGACGAAGGAUACAAAAAGGUCGUGAGAGAUCGACUGGAUCGAGACGAUUUCGUCGUGGACGACAAUGGCGAAGGAUAUGCCGACGACGGACGCGAAGACUGGCAGAAUGAACGACAGCCCAUGUACGACAGCGAGAGCGAGGAAGACUUGCCUAAAAACAGCAAAGCUGCCAAGAGGAAGCGAGAAGCAGAUGCAGACAGACAGGACAAGCUCACAAAGGGUAUCAGCAAAUACUUCAACCAGAAACCGACAGCAGCUGCACCGAAACCCAAGCCCGUAAGAACGGCAGAAGAUGACGACUUUAUGGCUGGUCUGCUCGGUGAAGUCGACACAAACAUUCAGAGACCUGCUGCUUCAUAUGGGAAAGCCAUCAAAAGCAACGAUCGCCGAAAGACGAGAGUCUUGUCGCCUCCAUUGGAGGACAGAGGGCCUUCGCGGUCAAGUCGACAGGCCGCCGAUGAGCCUAUACAUUCGUCACCUCCUGCAGUCACAGGCGGAGAUGAUGACUAUACCACCAUACAGGACGACGACAUGCCAAUGAUGAGCGAUCCGCUCCCUUCAUCUCCAGUUGCCAAGAUAGCAGAGCGUAAAGCUGCGAUCAAAACCGAAGAGGCCGAGGAAGACGAUUUGAUGGAGGUCGCAGAAGUCAAAGGAGGGUCAAACUUGAAGAGCGCUAACGUCAACAUUCGUGGCAGCCGCCCAGCCCCCAAGCUCGCAAAGCCUUCAUAUCCCACGCCGGAUAGUUCUUCGCCCACCAGGGGCCCUGCGGAAGAUGUGGACAUGACUGCAAUCAACAAUGUAGCAGCCAAGCUGAACAUUAUGAGCAGUCCAGCGUCUGAACCCGUCAUGGCCGGCAAGCUUGACCCAAAGGACGCGCUUGAAGACGAUGGCUCCCUGAACUUCUUCUGGUUCGACUACACCGAAGUCAAUGGCAGCCUAUGCCUGUUUGGAAAAGUGAAGAAUCGCCAGACGGGAAGCUAUGUCUCCUGCUUCGUCAAGGUCGACAACAUCCUGCGAAAGCUAUACUUCCUCCCUCGUGAGCACCGUCACAAGCAUGGCAGGGAUACAGGCGAUGAGGUCGGCUUCGCAGACGUGUACGAGGAGGUUGAUCAAAUCAUGUCGAAACAUAAGGUCACCAUGCACAAGAUCAAGCAAUGUACGCGAAAGUACGCAUUUGAGCUGCCAGGAAUCCCCAAAGAAGCGGACUAUCUCAAGCUGCUCUACCCAUACGACAAGUCGCCGCUUCCCAUGGACUACCAAGGCGAGACAUUUUCGCACAUCUUCGGCACAAACACCGCGCUCUUUGAGCAGUUUGUAAUGUGGAAAAACAUCAUGGGACCAUGCUGGCUCAAGAUCGAGGGUGCAGACUUCAACGCCGUCAGCAAUGCCUCGUGGUGUAAGCUCGAGCUGCAAGUUACGAAACCCAACGGCAUCACCACUCUCGGCGAGGCAGACAAUCUCGAAGCGCCGCCGUUGACCAUGAUGUCCAUGGCGCUGAGGACUGUUUUCAAUCCCAAGGAUAACAAGAACGAAAUCCUGGUCGCCAGUGUACGCUUCUUUGAAAACAUGUCGCUUACAGACACCAAACCAGCAGAGCAAAUGCCGCAACGUAUGAUCACCAUCAUGCGCCCCAAUGGAGAUGCCUACCCUAUGGGAUUCAAGCCUCUUGUCGAAAAGGAGAAGCACAGAAUUCACAUGGAGAGAAACGAGAUUGGUCUCCUGAGCAAACUACUCGCCAUCAUCCAGAUGCAUGACCCAGACUGCAUCGUUGGUCAUAAGCUAGACGAUGUUGACUUCAACGUGCUGCUGACACGUAUGCGGGAGCGCAAGACACCCGGCUGGCAUCGGAUCGGCAGGCUGAAGCGUGGCGACUGGCCCAAGAAUGUAGGCAGAGGCGCUGGCAGCUAUUUCGCAGAACGUCAUCUGGCUGCAGGACGGUUACUCGGUGACCUGGCCAAUGAUAUGGGUAAGAGUAUAAUGCAAGGCUGUCAGUCAUGGAGUCUCGAUGAGAUGGUCUCGUUGCACCUGCCUGGUCACUCGCGAAAAGAGAUGGACAGCGAAAAGGCUCUUUCAAUGGCUCAAUCUGGUGUUGGCCUGAUGAACUACGUCAAGAUGUGCGAGAUCGAUACAUUCUACACCGCUGCUCUGGCCAUCAAACAGCAACUCCUGCCACUGACGAAGGUUCUCACAAACUUGGCUGGCAAUUCUUGGGCGCGAACGCUGAGCGGAACCCGCUCAGAAAGGAACGAGUACAUUCUGCUUCACGAAUUUUAUCGAAACAAGUACAUCUGUCCUGACAAGAUCUACGGCAAGGGCCCUUCGAACAAGAGGAUCGAAGAAGCGGAAGAGGGCGAAGAGGGCGCCGACAGCAAGAAGAAAGACAAGUACAAGGGCGGUCUUGUCUUUGAGCCCGAGAAGGGCCUCUACGACAAAUUCAUCCUGGUCAUGGACUUCAACUCGCUCUAUCCUAGCAUCAUUCAGGAGUACAACAUCUGCUUCACCACCGUCGACCGCAGCGAUAUCUCCGAACAGGACGAGCGAGUUCCUGACGUUCCAGAAGACACCUCUAACAAAGGUAUCUUGCCGAGACUGAUUCGAACGCUCGUCAGUAGAAGACGUGAGGUGAAGAAGCUCAUGAAGGACAAGUCUGCUACUGAAGACAUGCUCAAGACCUGGGAUGUGAAGCAGAUGGCCCUGAAACUGACCGCCAAUUCUAUGUACGGGUGCUUGGGAUAUACCAAGUCUCGAUUUUACGCCAGGCCGCUUGCUGCACUAACGACGUCCAAGGGCCGUGAGAUUCUGCAGUCUACCAAGAAUCUGGCGGAAUCUCAGCAUGCUCUCCGUGUCAUCUACGGUGAUACCGACUCAGUCAUGAUCAAUACCAAUGUGGACAACAUCCUGGACGCGCUGAAAAUGGGCAAGGAUUUCCAGCGGAGUGUCAACGAACAGUAUGAGCUGCUUGAGAUCGAAAUUGAUCACAUCUUCCGACGUCUGCUCUUGCACGCGAAGAAAAAGUAUGCUGCUAUCCAAAUGAUCGAUGCUGGUGACAACACCUGGAAGGAGAAGCUUGACGUCAAAGGUCUUGACAUGAGGCGAAGAGAGUACUGUCAAUUGUCCAAGGACACAUCAACGCAACUUCUCAACUACCUGCUGUCGGGCGAGGAACCUGAAAAGGUUGUGUCCCAAAUCCAUGACCACCUCCGGUCACUCAGCGAAAAGAUGCGAAACAACGAGAUUCCAGCGCACAAGUACACCAUUUACACUCAACUCGGCAAAGAUCCAAAGGACUAUCCUAAUGGAAGAUCCAUGCCAUCCGUGCAAGUCGCGCUGAAGCGUUUGGCAAAGGGCAAGCAGGUCAAAGCCAAAGAUGUCAUGGCAUUUGUGAUUUGCGGCGAUAGCGAAGGCAACCAGGAGAAAGCUGCACAAAACGCGUACGAACUGGACGCCGUUCUCGCCAAAAACAGCGAGCUCACUCCGGAUGUGCAGUACUACUUGCACAAGCAAAUCCUUCCUCCAGUCGAACGUCUCUGUGCUCCUAUUAGCGGCACAGACAUAUCACGACUGGCCGAGUGUCUCGGUCUAGACACCACCAAAUACCGCAUCAGUGGUGCCAGCAAGUCUACUGAGCAAAGCAACGAGAUCACUACGUUGGAAAGCCAAAUUCCCGACCAUCUUCGUUUCAAGGACUGCGAACCUCUUGGUCUGCUAUGCCUCGGCUGCAAGAACCAUUUCGAAUAUCGUGGACUGAACUACAUGCCCCCAGAUGGCGAAGCGCCCCUCGUCCCAUUGGGAGUCCUCACGAACGACGGCCUCGCAUGUCCUCGUGCCGAAUGCAAGAAACGCAUCUCCACAUUGACGAUGACUACACAGUUGGAAACGCAGAUCCGCAGACAUACUUCACGGUACUACUCGGCUUGGUUGAAAUGUGACGAUCAAGCUUGUGGGCUGCGCACUCGUCAGAUCUCCGUCUAUGGACAUCGAUGUUUGGGCCCGCAGGGGCUUGCUUAUGGUUGUGCGGGUCGAAUGUCGUUUGAGUAUAGCGAGAAGGCCCUAUACAACCAGUUGUUGUAUUUACAGGGCUUGUUUGACGUGGAUAAGAGUUUGGAGAAGAUGAGUGCUGCCAGUGGUUUGGUGAAGCUUGAUGGCGAGUCGAAAGAGAAGGCCAAGAUCCUAGCGGGUAUGAACCGAGAUCGGUUUGCCGUAUGCUGGGAUGUGGUCAAGGCGUAUUUGGAUAAGAGUGGAUGGGGUUGGGUUAGUAUGGAUUCGUUGUUUGGGUUUGCUUUGCGAUGAACGAGUCUGUGCCUCGUCACAUGAGAGCACUUUGGUUGCAGUAAUGACUGGGCUACGGCAUGCUUUACAUGUUCACG